AUGAUGCUGUUCACAAUUAGGUGCCUCAUGCUCCAGCUGCUGCUACUCUCCGCAGCUGCUUCCUCAUCUUCCACGGACUACCAUGGCGUCGACGAGGUAGCUCUUGUGGCUUUCAUGGCCAAGAUCUCCAGCCACUCUGGUGCACUGGCCUCCUGGAACCGGAGCACCAGCUACUGCAGCUGGGAGGGCGUCACCUGCGGCAGGAGGCACCGGUGGAGGGUGGUAGCUCUGAACCUCACUUCUCAGGGCCUCGCCGGCACCAUCUCCCCCGCCAUCAGCAACCUCACCUUCCUGCGCUCACUCAACCUGAGCUACAACAGCCUUCAAGGCGAGAUCCCUCCCAGCAUCGGCUCCCUCGGCCGCCUCCGCCGCAUCGACCUGAGCUUCAACGUGCUCACCGGAGUCAUCCCGAGCAACAUCAGCCGCUGCACCGGCCUCCGUGUGAUGGACAUCAGUUGCAACGUGGGAGUGCAGGGAAGCAUCCCAGCUGAGAUUGGCAGCAUGCCAUCCCUCAGGUUUCUAGCGCUGGCAAACAACAGCAUCACUGGAACCAUCCCGUCGUCUCUUGGGAACCUUUCCCGGCUGGCCGUCUUGUCCUUGAAAAGGAACUUCUUGGAGGGACCAAUCCCUGCAGGCAUCGGUAACAAUCCAUUUCUCAAGUGGCUUCAGCUCUCUGGCAACAGUCUCUCUGGCCUGCUCCCUCCUUCCCUGUACAACCUAUCAUCUGUCUAUUACUUCUUUGUGGGCAAUAACAAGCUGCAUGGCCGUCUACCAACUGACCUAGCGAAAACCCUUCCGAGCAUCCAGACAUUUGCGGUUCCAAAUAACCGAUUUACUGGACCUAUUCCGCCAUCGCUAACCAAUCUCUCCAGGCUCCAGAGUCUUCACGCCGAAUUAAAUGGUUUUAAUGGAAUUGUUCCUGCUGAAUUGGGCAGGUUGCAACAGCUUGAAGUGUUGACACUGGAAGACAACAUCUUAGAAGCAAAAAACGAGGAAGAGUGGGAAUUUGUUCAUUCUUUGACGAAUUGUAGCAGAUUACAGCUACUGAACAUUGGAGCGAACAGAUUUUCAGGGAAGCUGCCAGAUCCGUUGGUUAAUCUGUCUAUUAAUCUCCAGUGGCUGCGGAUUCAAAACAACAGCCUAUCCGGCGUCAUCCCAUCAGAUAUUGGAAAUUUGGCAGGUCUUGAGAUGCUUGAUUUUAGCCACAACUUACUCACUGGGGUCAUUCCUCAAAGCAUCGGAAAGCUUACACGACUGCAUCAGCUAGGUCUCUAUUCAAAUUACCUCUCAGGACAUCUACCAUCCUCCAUCGGGAACCUUUCAAGCCUACUUCAACUCUAUGGAGGCAGCAACAGCUUUGAGGGGCCAAUUCCACCAAGCAUUGGAAACUUGAGCAAACUUUUAGGCCUAGAUUUUUCAAAUAGCAACCUUACUGGAUUGAUUCCUAAUAAAAUUAUGGAGUUGCCAUCGAUCUCAAUGUUUCUAGAUCUGUCCAACAACAUGCUGGAGGGACCACUUCCAUUAGAAGUCGGUAGUUUGGUACAUCUCGGAGAGCUCUUCCUAUCAGGAAACAAUUUGUCAGGUGAGGUACCUGAUACUAUUAGCAACUGCAGGGUCAUGGAAAUCCUCUUAAUGGAUGGAAAUUCAUUCCAAGGAAGCAUACCUGCUACGUUUAGGAACAUGGCAGGCUUGACCCUGCUUAAUUUGACAAACAAUAAAUUGAAUGGAAGCAUCCCUGGCAACCUGGCUAUGCUUACCAACCUACAGGAGUUGUAUCUUGGACACAACAAUUUAUCUGGAACAAUCCCAGAACUUUUAGCUCCAUCUACCAAAAUGCCCAAGCUUUAG